AUGGGGAAGAAAAAGAAGAAUAGUGGAAGACAGAUAUUCAACAUUGGCCUCCGAGCAUCUAACUCAAGUUUGCUCUCACCUGCUGAGCAAUUUCAGCUUAGAUCUGAUGAUGAGGAUGAAAGUUCUCCAGGUAUAAUGGGUUCCACUGGUCCAAAGGGUGAAAAGAAGAAGAAAACAAUGGCGGAUAUUCUUGAUUCAUGUAACUCUCAGUGUGAAGCUCAUUUACCUGGGGUUCAGGUACGUAGUCUGAGUAAAUCUCUCAUUUCUGGUGAGGGGACUUCAUCCAGGGUAUCUUGGGCUGAUGAGCUAGAUCUAGAUCUAGAUCUAGAAAUGGAUUCUCCUCUUAAUCCAAACCCUUCAUCUGUUAAUAUCUCCUCUGCUCCUCCUUUGAAUCCUAUUUUGAACUCUGGUAAUAGUACUUCUCCAUUGUUAAGCUAUGGUAUCGGUACUGUUCCAUUGAAUUCUAAAAAUCAAGAAAAUGUUAUCAACUUGGAAUCUGAUAGACAGGACGAGAACACCUCUAAUAUAUCACCACUGGUUCUUAAUGAUGUUCCAAAUGUGAAUCCCAAAAGAAGCUGUGUCAGUUUUUUUGCUGAUAACAGGAAGCAAGGCAGUGGUUUAGAUCUGAAUUAUAUCCCCCCUGAAUCAAAGGAUGUGGUUUCUUUUAAUGAUGAAGAAUGGAAUGAGGGGGUUUUUAUCUGGCAGUUUUCCCUUGUUGGUCAGGUAAUGGGUUUGAAUGUCAAAUUUAAAGCAAUUGAAGGUUUCAUUAAGAAAGUCUGGUCUCCACUUGCUCUGCCUGAGAUUAACCUUCUCAAAUCUGGAGUAUUUCUCUUUAAAUUCAAAAAUAAUGAUGAUAUGAAUAAUAUACUUUUAUCUGGUCCCCGGUUUUUUGGUUCUCGACCAAUGUUAUUGAAGCCUUGGACUGUGGGUGAUGAUUUUGAAAAGUUAAAGGAUUGCAUCUACCCAUUAUGGAUUCAGCUACCAGAGCUAAAAUUAAACCUGUGGAAUGCUAAGGGAAUAAGUAAAAUUUCUAGCAUUAUAGGCCGUCCUAUAGCUACUGAUAUGCUCACUACUAAUAUGAAAAGACUGGCGUAUGCUAGAGUACUUGUUGAAGUCAAAAUGCCCUCUCCACUCCCAGGUCAUAUAGCUAUUCAAGGGCAUGAUGGCUCACAAUAUACUCAAAAAGUUAUAUAUGAACUAAAGCCAAGAUGGUGUGAUCACUGUAAAAAUGUUGGGCAUGAUACUAAAUUCUGUAAAAGACAUUAUCCUUUACAAAGAUGGGUCCCAAAGCAAAAGAAUAAUGUGGCUCAAUCUGGUAUUUCUUCCUGCCAGACUGUGGGUGAAGUCCUGGAGAAGCAAAUUGAUGAGAUAAUUCCUCCUAUUGGAAAUCAGCUUGCUGGCAGUAAUAGUAUGCAUCCUCCUACAGAGAAACUUGGAGUUGAGAAUUUGUCUUCAAACAAAAUUUCAGAAGAAGUGGCUCUUGCUAGUGUUGCAAACAGUGCUGUGCAUGUUCAACCUGUUUUGGAAAUGAACAAAGGAAAAGAAGCUAUCCUCACUGCUCUUCUUGAAACAAAGUUAAAGCUGAGUAAAGUCCAGGCUAUUGCUAAGAAGAUUGAUAUUAACUGGGAGUGGUUUUCAAAUGCAAAUAUUUCAGAUAAAGCCAGAGUUAUGAUUCUGUGGGAUCCUAACAUAUUAGAUGUCCAGAUCAUCUGUUUUUCUGCUCAACAUAUUUCCUGUGCUGUCAAGUCCCUGGAUGGUAGGCUUAAUUGUAUUAUUUCCUCAGUUUAUGGAUACAAUCAAGCUGAAGCUAGGAAGUUGCUAUGGACUGAUCUUUCUCAGAUUCAGCAAAUUUCAGGUAAUUUGCCUUGGUUGUUGUGUGGAGAUUUCAAUGCCAUGAAUACUAAAGAUGAGAAACUGGGUGGUACAACUCUAACUGAAGCUGAUACUUUAGAUUUUAAUCAAUUCAUUGACAAUUGCCAGCUUACUCAUCUGAAAACCAUUGGUUGCUUCUUUACUUGGAAUAACAAACAAGAUGCUGCUACCAGAGUUUUGAGCAGACUGGAUAGAGCUUUAGUGAAUGAUCAAUGGAUUAACACUUAUAAUUCAAGUCAAGCAGAAUUCCUUUUACUCAGCUUCUCUGAUCAUUCCCCUGCACUUGUUACAAUUUUUAAGGAUCAACUGAAGCUCCUGAAAAUAGCUCUGAAGGACCUUAACAGAAGACACUUUAGCAAUAUCAGUGAACAGGUUUUGAGAGCUAAAGUAGAUCUGGACAAUGUUCAAAAAGCCUUAUCAUUAGACCCUCUUAAUGAUGCUCUUAUAUGUCAAGAGAAAGAUUAUAUCUCUUCUUUCAAUAAGCUUUUGGAAUGUGAGCUAUCAUUCUACCAACAAAAAGCUAGAAUUAAUUGGAAUCUCCAAGGGGACAGGUGCACAAACUUUUUCCACUCUAUUGUCAAGAACAAUAGGCACAAAAAUAGAGUUAUGGUCCUGUACAACAACAAUGGUGAGAGAAUUAUUAAGGGUGAUAAGAUUGUCCAGGAGCUAAUUUCUUACUACAAGUCCUUGUUAGGAUCAUCAAUUUCUACAGAUCCUCCUGUUAUUGAUAUAAUUAAAAAUGUCCCAUGUCUCAAUGAUCUUCAAGCUAGGAAUUUAACAAAGCCAGUUACAAAAGAUGAGAUCAGGAAUGCAAUCUUUUAUAUGCCUGAUGAUAAGGCACCAGGUCCCGAUGGUUUCAAUGCUUCUUUCUACAAAUCUGCAUGGUCCAUUAUAGGUGAAGAAACCACACAAGCUAUAGAGGAUUUUUUUCAAGUCUGA